AUCCUUGAACAUAAUUACAAAAUAACAUAUAGCGAUAGAAAGUUGUAAUGAUUUCAUUCUUUCCUAUUGGACUUUCACAUUUCCACUCUUUCCUCUGUUUUUUCUCUCUGUAUUUCUCUUCCUCAUUUCCAGCCUGAAUUUCCCUCACUUGUAUUCCCCUGCAUCGAAAAAAGUUGAUAUUAACAAACGGGAGUCUUUUUUAUCUACUUGGAUUGAUUAUGAGUAAUUUAUCGAAUAACAGUUUCGAAACGGUGAAUGCUGCAGCUACUGCUAUUGUGAAUGCUCAGACUCGAUUUCAGCCAUCCAGUGCUCGGAAAAGAAGAUGGGGAGGUUGCUGGAGUGUAUACUGGUGUUUUGGGUCACCAAAGCACAGCAAAAGAAUCGGUCAUGCCACACUUGUUCCUGAACCAACAGAGGAUGCAACAACAGCCCCUAUUGCUGAAACUAUGAACAACUCAUCCUUUACAGUUUUUCCUUUUGUUGCUCCUCCUGCUUCCCCUGCAUCAUUUAUCCAGUCAGAGCCUCCCUCUGGCAUACAUUCGCCAGCUAAGUUGCUCUCUCUUGCAUCUCUCUCUGUCAAUGCCUGCUUCCCAGACAGUGCAGCCUCAAUCUAUACUAUUGGACCCUAUGCUUAUGAAACUCAAUUAGUUUCGCCGCCUGUAUUCUCAACUUUCACCACUGAGCCAUCAACUGCUUCUUUCACUCCGCCUCCCGAGUCUGCACAGCUGACAACACCUUCAUCACCUGAAGUGCCUUUUGCUCAACUUUUGGCUUCAUCACUAGCUCGCACUCAAAGAAAUACUGCCCCAAAUCAAAAGUUUUUAUCAUCCCAGUAUGAGUUCCCGUCUUAUCGGUUGUAUCCAGGGAGUCCAGGAGGGUACAUUAUAUCACCAGGCUCAACAAUUCCGAAUUCUGGCACAUCCUCACCUUUCCCUGAUAAACAACCUAUCAUUAAGUUCCAUUUAGAGGAAAUUCCCAAAUUUCUAGGAUAUGAAUAUUUUUCCUCUCGGAAGUGGGGUUCGAGGCUAGAUUCUGGAACUUUGACCCCAAGUGGUUUGGGUUCAAGGUUGGGCUCUGGUUCUUUGACGCCUUAUAGUUGUGUUUCAAGGUUAUGCUCUGGUGCUUCGACUCCAAACGGAUUGGGCGCAGCGCUAGGUUCUGGUUUGCCAGCACCAACUAAUGGAGAGCUAGUAAUAAAAGUUACACCUGUAGAGUCCCAAAUUUCUGAGUUGGCGAAACAAGCCUGCGCAGACAAAGUAUCUGAGGAUGAGGAAGUAGUUUUUGGUCACAGAGUCUCGUUUGAGUUGCCAACUGAAUAUGUUUCAGCAUGUUCGAAAAAGGAGGUAUCAGAAUGUCCUGAAAAGUUGACAGCUGAAGGAGCUAUACUCGACAAUAAUAAAUCAGAGAAAGCCUGCAGGCCGUGUUGUGAUCGCGAAGGUUGCACUGAGCCUGUCCUGCCAGAAAAAGCUAAAUGGGAUAAUCAAGAGCAAGAGUGCCAAUGUGAACAUCAAAUCAAAUCACCUGGAUCUAGCAAUGAGUUCAUCUUUGACAACAGAAAGGGAGAUGCUUCAAGCAAGCCUACUCUUGGCGUUGAGUGGUGGACCAGUGAGAAUGUUGUAGGAAAGAAUUUGGCAUCACAAACCAGCUGGACCUUCUUUCCAAUGCUGCAGCCAGAGAUCAGCUAAUGCAAUACAUACAGAGCCUGCUCGAUAUAAAAUUGAGAGAAUUGAGCCUAUGACCAGAUGGUAUUAGUGUCUAUAAUUGAUUUCUUGUGUGUAAUACUAAUCGACAUGGCCUCAUUGGUAAGUGCUACAAGAUCUCGUGCAUUGGAACCCAUGGUUAUGGACCCGAAUCCAUCAGUAUGGAAUAUUUUCUUUUCCAAGCGAAAUCCCCUAUGAUAAAAUUUAGAGGUAGAAAGUUUAAACUUUGGAACUCAUACAUGCAGAGACUCUCUGAAUUACCAUCACAUUGCCAUUGAUCAGGAGGGCUGCAAUGGCUUAAUUCAUAUAUCAUCACCUCCACUGAUGCAUAUUGGGGAAAUGCACAUAUAGAUAAAUGGAGUGAAUUUGUUUACUGAGUACUUGAGGAAAAAAGUUAAAGUUCUUUUGUAUAAUAUAUAGGUCUGAUCAUCUUACUGGUGUUGUGGCCAACCUGGAUGCAUUUGGAUUAAACUGCUGCCGCUAUAUUUUCUUUAUAAGUUUGUAGAUGUGUAUUUAUCA